CAACACAAUCCACUGUAGUCUGCGUUAAGCCGCGGAACCAUUUGGAUUAUCCAGUUGUGAAGUUAAUCGUUUUUGUUGUGAAACACAACUUGAGUGAGAAGAUGAAGCUAUUCUUGUUUGCUACUUUGGUGAUGUCGGCCUCUGCCCAACUCCCUUUGAUGUGCUACCACUGUGACGAUUGCCAAGUCAACCCCGCCGUUGUGAUGCCAUGUGGAUACGAUCAAAUCACUCCAACAACCACGGAAGCACCUCCAACUCCACCAGCGACCACCGGUGAACCAAUCCUGACUCCGCCAACACUGCCAGGACAAACGACAACACCGGGGGAACCCAUCAUAACUCCUCCGACGAAUUUCCCUCCCACGAUGAGUCCACCCUGGUUGGACAACCUGCCAACCGUGCCAGUAACACCCCGCUCCGAGGGCCGUAUUAAUUCGUUACAUCAGAAUCCUUACGUUUGCAUGGUAGUCAGAACCAUCGUGGACGAUCGGGAGGUGGUCCGCCGGGGUUGUGCCGUGCUAGGAAGCUCCAAAACAGAAACGUGUAACAUCUUUUCCGGCCGGCAGUACAGCACUUGUCACAUUUGCAUGUCACAUCUUUGUAACUACGCGUGACUUGCCUGCAGAGUGAGCCACACCAAACAAUUGUGUAGUGGGUGAAACUUGUCUGCGUGCUGAGAACAUGACUUUACAACUCGUGCUGAACUCGUUUAUUGUACUCGUGAUGAUAGUUUUAAGUAUAGUUUUAAGUUUGGUUUAGUUUUGUGUGAUUGUGAGGUGAUGAAAUAUGUUGUUAAAAAUGCAUUAAAACA